UGCGGCGGUAAAUACACGCUGUUUUAAUUUUCAUACCUGUUGAUUCAGUUCAGCUCUGACAUGAAUGAGACAGUUAUGCAGUGUUCUUGGGCGGCGUGUGUGUGUGUGUGUGUGUGUGUGUGUGUGUGCGCGUGGUUGUAACAUAUUUAUUGACGAUCGAUCCUUUUCAGGGUCAUCGGAAAGCUGGAAGGCAUUUCAGCUGACUAUUGUAUGUAAAGGCGUUGAAGACAUGUUUGUCCAAGUGCUUUGCCGUAAAACGUAUGCUUCCGCUUCCGUGUAUGUUUUAUGUAACCACACGUGCUUCAUUAAAUAAUAUAAUAAUUUUCCUAAAUUUGCAUUGAACGAACACAAGCGUCGACACAGUAGUAGUACUACGAAAUAAAGUAACAAGUCUGUGAGCCUAUAUAAUCUUGUUUUGGCGCACGUUGAAGCGUCUUGGGACGCUUAGCUUGCUGUGUGCUAACACAGAAUCGCGUUUGAUAGCAACGUUAUACUGUACUCAGCGGAGAUCAAGCGAGAGCGAAGUGUUUUGACCUGGUGAAAUGUGCGCAAAAAGCGUGAAAGCAGAGCACGAUGGGGAACUGAACGCAUUUUUCAAGAAGCCCCAAAACGUGACACGCAAUCCAGACUUCAGUAAAAAAUAUCUUCGUCCUGAGCAGCAGGAGUGGAGCUUAAGGGUGGAGCAGCAGAAGGCACAGCCACCUCAUUUGAAAGUAGAAAAGGUGCCAAAGACCAUGGCCAUUAAAAUGGAGGAGGAUGAGGAGGAGACUGAUAUCACCAAGCAUCCCUUGACUGUUGUCAUUGGAAAGAGUGAAGAUAAAGACGAAACAGAUCUUCAUCUUGAGCAGCAGGACUGGACUUUCAGGGUGGAGCGACAGCAGCCGGAGCCCCAACAAAUGAAAGAUGAAGAGGAACCUGAGCUUCACCUCAUUAAAGAAGAACAGGAAGAAGAUAUCGGCAAGUUGUCAUUGACUGUUGUACCUGUGGAGAUUAAAGAUGAUGAAGAUGAAGGUCAGAGUGAGGAGAACAAAGGGACGGAGCUGCCAAGCAGCAGUUCAAGUCAACCAAUGACAACAGAAGGUGACGGAAUCCACUGUUCAGCAUCAAAAGCAGGUGUUUUCUUAGUGCCACUAUCAGAUUGUGACGACAUGAUGUCACACUCUUCUGAUACUGAUGAUGAACACUCCAAAGUUGAUAUGACAUGUCACACUGACAACAAACGCGUGAAAUGUUCUCAGUGUGACAAAACCUUUUUCAACAAGUCAUCAUUGAAAAGACACACAAGAACACACACCGGAGAGAAACCUUACAGGUGCUCAGACUGUGGUAAAAGAUUCAGUCAGAAGGCAGAUUUAAAUAUACACACUGGGGGGAAACGCUUUGCCUGUUCAUUCUGCCCCUUAAGUUUCAGUAAGCGUUGCAAUUUAAUAACACACACAAGAACACACACCGGAGAGAAACCUUUUGCCUGUUCAGACUGCAACUUAAGUUUCAGUGUACGUUCAGCAUUGGCUCAACACAUGAAAACACACACUGGGGAGAAACCCUUUUCUUGUUCACUUUGUGGCAAAAAAUUCACUCAAAGUAGCAAUUUGACAACACACAUUAGAAGUCACACUGGUGAGAAACCAUUUCAUUGUAACGUGUGUGAUAAACAAUUCACUUACAAAUAUCAAAUGAACAAACACACGUGUGCUGAUGAGAAGAGCGGCAUUGAUUGAAACAUUGAUUGCCAAACUCGGGUCACCCACAUUUGAGUGGUUCUGGUAAGAUGGAAGAAUUUAUUUGUGCUCAAAUAAAAUACAAGUAAAUUGA